AUGGUGCAGCAACAACAGCCGAACCCAGCCCACCAACGCCUCGGCCUGGCCGCGCUCGUGGCCGCCUUCGCGGCGCUCGUCGCGCUGGGCAUCAGCGCCGAGCGACGGAUCGACGUGGCCGAGGUCGCGCGCGAGACGCCGCGGCCGGACGACGUGUUGCUCGCGAGCUUCCCGAAGAGCGGGUCGCACUGGGCGCGCUUUCUGAUCCUGCGCCUGCUCGACGAGAAACUCGACGCCCUCACGUUCGCCGAGGCGGAGCGGCGUAUGCCGGACCUCGAGCUGGGCCCGGCGCGCCAGGCGUUCAACCGCGGCCCACGCGGGCGCGUGUUCAAGAGCCACCAGCCCUGGCGCGCCGGCGCGAUCGGCACGGCCGAGCACCGAUCCGUCGGCGGCGAGCCCUGUGCAGCAGAGCUUAAAAAUAUGGACUGGUCGCAGUGCCUCUGCCCGAACUGCCCUGAGCGGUGGCGGCGCAUCAUCUACAUGGUCCGGGACCCGCGCGCCACCCUUUGCUCCUUUUACAAGUUUCAGACGCAGCUCGGGAACGUUGCGAACACGUCGUCCUACGCGGACUUUUUGCGGAUGGACGAGAGUCGGUACGGCUUCGACUGGCCAAAGCACGUGACGAGCUACCUCGACGCCGCCGCCGACGCCGACGUUUUUUUCCUCAAGUACGAGGACCUCCAUAGUAAGCCGGAGGCAACGCUGAGCGAGUUGGCGACGUGGCUCGGCACCGAUGUGACGCAGGAGCGCCUCGCGGACGUCAUACGCAUGAGCGACAGAAAAGCGAUGCAACGCGCCGAGGAGGCCACGGGCACGCCUCUCUUCGACCAGCUCUACCCCGAUGCGCGCCGGAACGGCUUCCGGCUCGUCCGGGAAGGCUCGACGACGGCGUGGCGCGACGAGUGCGGGGAAGCCGAUUUCGACGCGCUGCUACCGGGCUGGCGGGAGGCCAUGGGGCGGCUGGGGUACGCCUUGUAG